UUAAGAUUACAUUUAUUAAUUUUAGAUCUCAAAAAGUAAUACCAAUGUUUUCUCACAAGUAAAUGAAGAUGAUGAAACCAGUUCCAAAGCUUUGGGUUGUCAUCUCAAGUGCCUUUGUGUUCUGUCUUUUAGUUCUGUUUCAAAUCAAUAAAUCAGAUUUGAUCGAAGCAAAUCUCCAAAUCACUCAUCAAGUUAACAACUUCCUCAUCUCCUUCGUUGCUUCUUCAAAUAAUCAAAUCCUAAAUCACACCAAACAUGCGAAUGAGAGUGAUGGAAUCAGAGCGAAACAGCUUGAGGAAGAAGAAACGGAUACUUGCGCCGGAAGAUACAUCUACAUGUACAAUCUUCCAAGCACAUUCAACGACGACAUCAUCAAAGAAUGUCGUCCACUCAUCAAAUGGUUCGAUAUGUGUCCAUUCAUGGUCAAUUCCGGGCUCGGUCCACAGAUUUUGGUCUCCGAUAAAACCACAGCUCGAGUCUUAACCGUGAAAACCGGUUCUUGGUACUCAACGAACCAAUUCUUGCUUUCGGUUAUCUUCCGAGAGAGGAUGAAACACUACGAGUGUUUGACCAACAACUCUUCUCUAGCCUCAGCGAUCUAUGUCCCAUACUACGCAGGAUUUGAUGUGAGCCGUCACCUCUGGGGAUACAACGUGACGGUUAGAGACGAAUUGGCGAUAAAGCUGGCACAAUGGCUGAGAGAGAGACCUGAAUGGGGGAAGAUGUACGGCCGAGAUCACUUCUUUGUGACCGGACGGAUUGGUUGGGAUUUCAGGAGGUUUCACGAUGAAGAUUCAGAUUGGGGAAGCAAACUGAUGCUAUUACCUGAAUUCUCGAAUCUGACAAUGUUAGGUAUCGAAACGACUGCUUGGGCUAACGAAUUUGCGAUUCCUUAUCCUACUUAUUUCCAUCCAAAGAGCUUAACAGAGAUUUGGAGAUGGCAGAAGAAAGUGAAGAGUGUGAAGAGGAAGUAUUUGUUUUCGUUUGUUGGAGGUCCAAGACCUAAAUUGGAUGGAUCUAUUAGGGGAGAGAUUAUAAAGCAGUGCCUUGCAUCUCACGGUAAAUGCAACUUUCUUAACUGCUUUGUUAAUGACUGCGAUAAUCCGGUUAAGAUAAUGAAGGUGUUUGAAAAUUCUGUCUUCUGUUUACAACCUUCGGGAGAUUCGUACACUCGGAGAUCGAUAUUCGAUUCGAUUCUGGCGGGUUGUAUACCGGUUUUCUUCAGCCCAGGUUCGGGUUACAACCAAUAUAUUUGGUAUUUUCCAAAGGAUUAUACCAAGUACUCGGUUUACAUACCAGAGAAUGAAAUGAGAAAUGGAACGGUUAGUCUCAAGAAUAUUUUGGGUAUGAUCGCUAAGGAGAGGAUUUUGAGGAUGAGAAAAGAGGUUGUGAAGAUUAUACCAAAAAUCAUAUAUAAUAAACCAGGGUUUGGACCGGAGAAGAUUGAAGAUGCGUUUGACAUUGCAGUGGAUAGGAUGCUUGAGAGGGUAGCAAUGGUUAAGAGGAUGAUGGAAGAAGGGAAAGAUGUUCAAAGUCAGUAUUAUUCACAGACAAAGGAUUUGAAAAAACUUGAGAUUAUACAUGAAAAAACUGCUUAAGCCUUAAGACAUUGUUAAUGAAUGCACAUUCAGUAUUUAUAGCAUGUUGAAUCACAUUUCAGAUACAUUUUGGAAUUGUAAGUAAAUCAAUCGAUUUUG